CUGAAUCACACACACGGACGUCGUUGGAUCAACUUCAUAAAUUUAUAUUUUGAGUGGGAGCGUCGCUUGACACCGAGGAUUAACGGAGGUUGGCUGAAGUUUUAACGCCGGAUUUUUUAUGUUUUAAAAUAAAUAUUUCAAGCGCGUUUUGCUUCCGCAGGAGGAUUAAUAACGCUGGAGUGAACUAGCAGCGCACACAGUGAGGACACCAUGUGGUGGUUCCAGCAGGGCAUGUGCUUCCUGCCCGCCGCCCUGGUCGUCUGGACGGUGGCGUCCUUCGUCUUCGCCUACAUCACAGCGGUGGUGCUGAGACACGUCGACCCUCUGGUGCCUUACAUCAGUGACACGGGGACGAUGGCACCAGAGAGAUGUGUGUUUGGGAUCAUGUUGGAUGUGUCAGCCUUUUUAGGCAUAGCCACGGUGUACGUGCGUUACAAACAGGUGCAGGCUCUGACAGAUGAGGAUGAAGUGAAACUCCACAGACUAAACAUCGCCGGGCUGGUGCUGGGCUGGAUCAGCUCCUUCGGGAUGUGUGUGGUGGCCAACUUCCAGAAGACCACCCUGUUCCCCGUCCACAUCCUGGGGGCGGUGCUGACCUUCGGGGUCGGAGCUUUAUACAUCCUGGUUCAGACGGUGCUGUCGUUCUUCAUGCAGCCUCACGUCCACAGCAAGACCAUCUACCGGGUCCGUGUGGCCAUCGCAGUCUGUACCCUGGGCAGCAUCAUCAGCAUGUUUGUAUCGUCAGUGAUCAUGUACAGCAGUCUGAGGGGCGUGGACGUACCGCGUAAACUCCACUGGAACCCCGGAGACACGGGUUACGUGCCUCACCUGGUCAGCACCGUGUCUGAAUGGUGUCUGGCCUUCUCCUUCAUCAGCUUCUUCCUCACCUACAUCAGAGACUUUCAGAAAAUAACUCUGCGAGCAGAAGCAGAUUUGCAGAGCAGCCACCUUUACGACAGCAUACACGGAUUCGUCCCCGCGACACAUCGGAACAAACGAGAAGUUUCCGAAGCCUCUCCACUGCUGGCUGGAUCAACGUGACCUGCAGCAUAAAACCACUGUCACACGAGUUUCCACGUUUUUCUAAUCGCAUCGAAAGAACCUGCUGUGAAUGUAGGCGUAGUAACAACAGUUUGUACCUCAAGAGGUGAUUGCCAGUCGCCGUCUGCCCUCAGUCUAACCUAAGAGUCAGAAGAAGUCACCAGUCCUCCUACAGACAGUCACUGAACACAUUAAUUAAAGUUUCCAACCUUCCAGUCAUGCCUCAUCUCGUUAGCAGUGCGUCCAAAUGACUGCAGUGUGGCAAACUCACCACCAUCUAAACUGUAUCAAGGCUGUUUUAUAACGUUCCUGUCACCUUUUAGAACAACAGCUACAGUGAAACCCAAUACACUGAUAUAUUACGUGUUAUUCAGUGUGGUUUGUGUUAGGGAUGCCCCCAAUCAAGUUUUAACUGCCCCCCUGAUCCAAUCCUGAUCUUUUAAUAUUAAGUGUUGACUGAUCUGAGUCUUAAAUGAACCAGAUUUCCAUCCCAAGAAGAUUUAUAAAGGUUUUUUCUUAUCUUAGUUGUAUUGUCCUAGCUCGUGUGUGCAGCCUUUGCCUGAGUGUAGGCGGUCAGUCAAACAUCCACAUUGCACAAUUUACACUCUUCUGUCCGACCGACCUCCUUUUCCAAAGCAUCAGUGCUUCCACUCCAGUCAAUAUUUGACAACUUUGACGCUAACCAGCUGCCACUAAAACAGGGAUGUGGUCUUUAUGACAAACCAAAAAACAAAAACUGCGAAAUAUCGGCCUUGGCUAAAGUGAAUCCAGUCGUUUAAAAUAUGUCAGGACUGACCCCAGUACCAAUCAGGACGUCCCUACUUGGUUGUUGUCAUCAUCUGCACUAAACGAGAGGACGAGCUAAUUGACUUUAGCUCUUAAUCUGUCUAAACUGCCUAUCAAGAAGCAGCUUACUAACGAUCACUAAAGCUACGAGAAGAGUUUUUCUAUCAUCAACCAGUUGUGAGGCUGAAUGACAUUUGUUUUUAUGUGCGAUGGUUAUUUUAUAUAACUGAUAAAUGUGGGAUUGUGGUAACUGGUGCUAAACUCCAGUUGGAUAUUGAAAUCACUAUAACAUUUUGACAGUGUCUAAUUAAAAUCGGUUCGUAAAAUAGAAAUAUGUUUGCACAGAGCGAGAGAAAUUUAAAAUAGAAAUUAGAUUUCCUUGUUCUAUCUGUAAGUGAUUAUUACAGCAGAACCGUCAAAGCUAUUAUGAAUCCACUCAUAAUGAAAGAUUUUUCUAACUUCUCAGAACAUCUUUAAUUUAAAUACAACAUUACUGGACCUGUUUUCUGAUCAUUACUGUCACAGACUUUAAGGAAAUACUCGCCUUUUGAAAGCACAAAUCUUUUAUUUGACAGCGCUCUACUAGUUUAAACUAGUUUAAUGAAUGAAUCAUGAAUUUAAUGCAUUAAAACAUGAGGAUGUAGCUCUGAGUCUGAGGCUACUCUGUCAAACUUGUCCAGUUAACGUCAAACAGCACCGUUUAAAAACUUUUCUUGGCAAAGUUUAAUAUAAAAUGUAUCUUUUAUAUUGUUUAUGUAGUUCAAUAAACUCAGCAGAUACAAUAUUGAGCAUUAAAGACUAAAGAUUUUUAUUUUCUGUUGUACACUAGGUUUAGGAUUGACUCGCUGCAGUUUGUCUGUGAUUUAUGCUUCAAAAACUCAUUUUAAUGCUAUGAAAUGUUGUAUGAUAAACUAAGACCUUUGAAAGUGUCUGUUCUGAGCUCAGCUUUGGUCGGAUGUGUAGUUAUUGUGUUUUGACUUGAAUGGCAGUACUGACACAUGACACAUGGUCGACAUAAAAUGUCAAACACAUCAUCUGUUCAAGGCGUCAUUUUUGACAUUACGUUUGAUUAAUGUAAGAGUUUUUCUCAGGGCACCUGCUGCCAAUUAACAAAUACAAAUAUUAAAUCAGAUAAAAUGCUGCUUAAACGUUAAACUCUGCUCUGUAUUUGCUGGCAUCACAUGUACAUUAUCUAUACCGAGACUAAUAAAUAUAAUUUUUUUUUAUUGUGA